GGGGUGAACUCAGCAGGCACCGAUUCCUUUGUUCAUAAUCAGAUACUCAUAUUUUUGUUAUUAUCGGACCGAUAUCCAAUGUAAAUAUUGGAUCAAACACGCCUCGUUUUACAUGUGGAAUUGUGAAAUAAUUAUAAAUGACAAAUGAGUGGAAUUUAUUGUUGAUGUGUAUUUUGCAGUAAUCCUUUGGCCCCAUGGUGGAUUGUUUUGCAGUCAGACUAAAUACAAAUGCAAGGACAGUGAGUUAGCAAUGUGUAGCGUGCUUUGUUUGGGCGCUUUGGGAUUUUGUGACUUGCGAUAUUGUCUUCGGGCAAGAGGCGGGGUACACCCCGGACUGGUCGCCAGCCAAUCACAGGGCACAUAUAGACAAACAACCAUUCACACUCACAUUCAUACCUAUAUGGACAAUUUGGAGUCGCUAAUUAACCUAGCAUGUUUUUGGAAUGUGGGAGUACCCGGAGAAAACCCACGCAUGCAUGGGGAGAACAUGCAAACUCUACACAGAGCUGGAGAAUCGAACCCGGGUUCGAACUGUGUGGCCAACAUGCUAACCACUCACGCAUCGUGCGGCCAUUUUGGAAAUGUUUACUUUCAUUUUGUUUUUUAUUUAAUCCUCGUGUUCCUCUGACCGUUUUUCUCUUCCUAAUGUCAGCAGGCAGGUUAUUUUUAUGUUUAUUAGUGCCAUGCGGCUCGUCUACCGGCGCUUUUAUACAUCAGGACACUUGAGGCCUUUCAUUAUAAGUGGGAAGGUCAAACGAGCCAGAUGGGUGUGACAAUUACUGUAUGAAGAAAUGUGUGUGUGUCAGUGCGGCGUAUUUUUAGGCGAAUCGACACAUUAGAGAUGAAACUAAACAUUAGACAAGUUUUAAGCAGUAUGAAAACUGCCAACUUUCUACUGUUUUCUUAUUUUUUGAGGUACUUGUUGAGUUGUUAUUCUAAGAUAACACUAACUCUCUAGAUAGAUUCAAUUUCAUGUUUUCAGUCAUUUCCCAAGAUGAUAAUAAAAUUAGCAAUUAUUAUUUGGUUAUCUGUAUAUAUUAUACGUUAGUAGACUACUUUCUGGUUGAAAGAGCGGUGCUAACUAAGAAAUACUGAUGUUGUUGUCAUUAUUUGUGAAUUUUGGGUACAUUAAUUGACAUGUAAUUACUUUUUUUCACACUUUGGCUGAUCCUACAACUUAUACUCUGGAGCGACUUAUAUAGUGUGUGUUUUUUUUCCCAAUGACAGCCACAAGAGGGCGCUCUAAGUCUGUGUGACAGUAUUAGCCAAUCCUGUCACUCCUGUGCCAAUGUAUUCCAAGCACGGCCCGCCUCCAGACACGCCCACUGCGCUGUGGUUGGUCACACUCCCGCGUCCAUACAAACACUUCCGGUUUGUGUCGCUAAACGGUAUAGGAGUUGAUAAUAAACAGCGAUUUAUCUUUUUAAAAUGUCGGCUUUUAACAUGCAGCCAUGUGUGUUGGAUCCGGAAUCGAAUUCAAAAAGAGCUUACUUCAAGACGUAUCAAAAUGGGCGAGCUGCUGAGUCCCUGUCGGUGUGAUGGUUCUGUGCGCUGCACCCAUCAGCCCUGCCUAAUCCGUUGGAUCAGCGAGAGGGGCUCCUGGAGCUGUGAGCUCUGCUACUUCAAGUACCAGGUUUUGGCCAUCAGCACUAAAAACCCACUGCAGUGGCAGGCCAUCUCUCUGACAGUGAUAGAGAAGGUGCAGAUAGCGGCCAUUAUCCUGGGCUCUCUGUUCCUCAUUGCCAGCAUCUCCUGGCUCAUCUGGUCCUCGCUCAGCCCGUCGGCCAAGUGGCAACGUCAGGACCUGCUCUUCCAAAUCUGCUACGGCAUGUAUGGCUUCAUGGACAUCGUCUGCAUCGGCCUCAUCAUUCACGAGGGAUCGUCGGUGUAUCGGAUUUUUAAAAGAUGGCAGGCUGUCAACCAGCAGUGGAAAGUUCUGAACUAUGAGAAAUCUAAAGACCUGGGUGACCCAGUGAGUUCGGGCGGCAAGGCGGGUUCUCGUGGCUCCCGCGGUACUCCCCACGGGCUAGCCGGCGGCAGCGCGGGCCGCCAGGGUAGGAGGCUGAGAACUAUUCUGAACCACCACUGUGGAUACACCAUCUUGCACAUCCUGAGUCAACUCCGGCCCAAUGACCCGCGUAUCAGCGCCGCAGCCAACCGGGAGGUGGUGAUGAGGGUCACCACCGUAUGAGGCACAGUCUGGGUGCGCCGUGGGAGGAACCUCGCCUUUUAAAUCCAGAUGUAAAUGAGUGGAGGGACCUGAUAUGAAGUAUGAAAAAUGAAAUAGAAAAAAAAGACUCACAGAGGAAGCAAAGCGAUGCCCGGAGCAUCAACAACACAACAAGACACUCGCCAGGAGUUCUCCUCUUGAUUCUUACAACUAAAGCAAGCCAGAUGCUCCUUUUCAAUAAUGAAGGAAACGAUGGGAAAAAAAAGGACAAAACACAUUUAAAAAGACAUCAAGGAAGGAAGGAAAGGAGGGAGGAGGCGUAAACAGGCUUUAUAACCUAAUCCAGGAAGAUGAGAAUUUUUUUCCAGUUCAACAACAGGAUGCACAGAGACGAUUCGAUCUGUUGAUCUUCUCAUUUGAUUUGCAUCUACGAGUUUUCUUUUUUACUCCGACUUUGAUUUUUGUACGGAUGUAUGAUUUUACAAGAAAUCAUGUAACUCUUUACAUGCCAAUCAUCUCCAGACACCUGUGUAUAAUUAUUGAUUUUAACAAAUUUACCAAUGCUGGCAAUAGACCGAAAACUGAAGGAAAACGAAUAAGUCUAAUGAAAGAAAACAGUAAAAAAAAAAAAAAACAUAAUAUAUACGUCAAUGAGAUUUUAAAAAACACAUACUUUUUCUGCAAUAAAUACAUUAUAUGUACAUUUCACAGGGAAUUUUGCAUGGGUAUACAAUUUUAUUUAUCACAUACCAUUAGCACAUGACACAUUUGCUGUUUCGAAUGGUGCUUGCCAAAAUAAACUCUUGAAAAACAUUGGAUUCCAUAGCACCAACUUUUAGUCAGCGUGGCAAACGGCGGUGUUUUACAGCUAUUUCAAGCUAACGUACAGAUUGUUGCUACUGCUGCUGUGAGUCAGAUUUGAUAAGUAAACCAUUGGAUUAAAAGUGGGAAUCAAAGAUCUCUUACUUCUCUUGAGUCCGUCUGUCUCUCCUUUUAAAAGGCACCAAAAGCUUCUUAGAUCUUCCAGAAUCUGCACCUAUCCCAGCUGUAUUUCUUUGGCUUUCCAAAACGGUCUGAUUUAAUUUAUUCCAACCAUGACCCACCUCCGGGCACGCCUACUCUGCUGUGAUUGGUCCCACACAGUUUGUACCUGGACACGCCCACAUAAAGAAGUCACAGGGACCCAAAACGAAGCGUUCAGAGCCAUCCAUAACUGUUUCAGGACUCACUUCCAAAUGCACAAAGCUCAAGUUCAGCUUCAGCAAUUUGUCGGCGAGUCCAGCUGCAUACUGGCCCAUAUUCACGAAACAAUCCAGUAUGAAAUGCUGUUGACAGAUUAAAAAAUUUUUUGGGCUGGUAGGGAAUCAGGAACUCCAACCACUUCUGCCUGAUGUUUGCCUUUUUAUGAAUUUUAAACAAAUUUAGCUUUCCCUUGACUUGAAGGUUCCCUUGACUUGAAGGUUCUGUCCUGGACUGUCGGCACUGUCAACGGGACUCCAUAUAGAAGAUGAGUGAGAGGAGGAUGCUAGUCAAGCUAGCAUCCAUCAUGGACAACACUGAUGAGGUGCAGGAAGCCAAAGGAGGAGGUUUGGAGGCCAUGAGUGAUGUUCCAUGGUGGUACCACCAAUGUCUUUCAGCUCCAUCCUGCUCAUGAUUAGCUUUAGUAUAUUAAAACUAUUAUAUUUGUUUAUGUUGGAGGUCUUUUGUGUUGACAUAAUCCAGAAAGAGUAUUUUCUUUGAAAAGCGUUAGCGACAUGGCAGUGGAGAUCAUCCUUGCACACCGACCGGAUGGAUGAUGAUGACAGUGGAGACAUGCACCAGUCCACAUGAUGUCCCGGUGACAGACACCAAACAUCCGUGGCACGUUUCAUUACAAAGAUGUGAGUAUUAAAACGUUUUAAAAGUAGUAAUAAAACAAUAAACUAUUAAGGGUCACUUAAUGUUCUGACCAAUUACAGAAAAAGAUGAUUGACUUGUUAGGAAAUAAUCAUUUUAAGUUCAGGAAAUAGGAGAAUUUUGUCAUAUUCGCCCAUGUGAGAAGAUGAUAAGUUAUAUUUAAAUUCGUUUUGGGAGUUAUAUAAACAUGAGUAUGUAACUAGCAACUAACCGAGAGAUAAUAUUAUUAAUAUUUUGCAGGUGAUUUUGCCUUCUGCUCUAAAAGCAGGGUGUUGAGAGGACUUUCGAGUUCCUCCAGCAGAGGUGUUAGUGGCCAAGUAUGUCCUCUGAUGUAGCACAUGGGUGCUGUACCAGACAGAGGUGCCAGGUUGCCAAGGACAUCCAGCCAAAGAUCUGCUGACUUCUCAGCCAAAUGAGAUCUUGGCCAUUGACGACACAGC